GAUGACUUUGGAAGAAGUUAAGCAGCAACGGGCUAAUACUAAGAAAAGUAUAACCCGCAUCAAAAACCAAGUUGAAGCCAAUGGAAGGGGUGAAGGUAAGACACUUUCGUCAGCCGAGUUGAAGUGCCGUUUGGGGAUUUUGGAGUCAUAUUUCAAGCAGAUACUGACGUAUCAAACCCAAAUUGAGAAAUAUGAUCCUGAUGACAAUGGUAGGCCCGAAAUUGAAGACUUGUACAUCGCAGCGAAAAUGAAUAUUCAAGCGCAACUUGGUGAGGAUGUCCACAAUACAACCAUGUCCGACUCUACAAUUUGUUUUCCUGUUAACAACAAUAAAUUGCCUCAGCUCAAAUUGCCCACAUUUAGUGGUAAGUACAGUGAGUACAAAAAUUUUAUAACGUCGUUCAACCAAGUUAUCGAUCGUGAGUUUGGUCUAUCGAAUAUCGAAAAAUUUAACCAUUUGCUGAACUGCCUCCAAGGCCAAGCAUUGGAAACGGUCAAGGCUUUCCAGAUUACGAAUGAAAAUUACCCCAAGGCUCUGGAAAGGCUGAAAACGCGUUACGACAAUAGCUCACUGAUUUUUAUGGAAAAUAUUACCACUCUAUUUGAACUUCCAGCCAUGUCCAAAUACAAUUGCGCACAAUUACGAAGUCUCGUUGAUAAUGUUUCUGCUCUUUAUAGCUCUCUUUUGUCUCUAGGCUCAGAUAGUGACAUUGCUAAUUCGAUGCUGAUCUACAUAGUUUUGGAAAAGGUUGAUGAUGAGACAAAAAGAAAAUGGAAAGACUCUUUGGAUUUCACUGAACUGCCAUCAUGGGAUGAUUGCUCCAAGGUUCUUGAAAGGCAUUGCCAAUUUUUGGAAUCGGUUGACACCAGCCAUACAAAUGUGGCCCACCGUAAGCCUGACAAUCAUCAAUCUGCCCCAAGAAUUAGAAAACGCCUUGCUCAGAAUAGUUUUUAAUCUACAGCAACAUCAUUUUCAAGAUGAUAUACAACGAGCUCUGAAGAAAAAAGAUCCUCAAGGUGCACUAAAGUGUCUCAAUCCCUUCAUCGAUUCAUCAAAUGGAUUCAACUUGCUCAAAGUCGGUGGUCGCUUGGAAUUCGCAGCAAUUUCUGAAGGUCAAAAGCACCCUAUAAUCUUGCCCAGCAAAAAUCAUUUCGUCGACUGUUACGUGCGUCAUCUACACAUCAGCAACUACCACGCAGGACCCAAGGCUUUAAUGUCGUUAAUCCGCCAGAGAUUUUGGAUCAUCAAUUCAAGAAACCUAUGUCGUCGUAUCGUUAAUUCGUGCCCACAAUGCAUUCGUUAUCGUCCAAGGUUGCUUCAACAAAUGAUGGGCAAUUUGCCCGUAGAACGACUUAACCCUUCAAGGCCUUUCGCCAGAUGUGCUGUUGAUUUUUGUGGUCCAGUAAACACUUACCUAAGAAUUAGAGGGAAGGUACCAUACAAGACAUAUAUUGCUGUUUUUGUUUGUCUCGCAACUAAAGCAGUCCAUCUAGAAGUUGUAUCAGACUUAUCAACAGAUGCCUUUAUUGCUGCUCUUAAAAGGAUGAUUGGACGAAGAGGUCUACCCACAGAUAUAUUCUGUGACAAUGCCACCAAUUUUGUUGGUGCAAACUCUAAGUUGGCUCAACUAAAAUCGUUCCUUUUUGAUCCUAAAAAUUCCAAUUUUAUAAUAAAUUAUUGCUCAAAUCAAUUUAUUAAUUUUCGCUUUAUUCCCCCUAGGGCACCACAUUUUGGCGGAUUGUGGGAGGCGGCCGUCAAAUCGGCCAAGGGACACCUAACCAGGACCCUCGAUAACACAAGGCUCACAUAUGAGGAACUUGCAACUGCAAUGAUUGAUAUAGAAGCAAUUCUAAAUUCGAGGCCUAUUUCGCCCCUAUCAUCCGAUCCCAGUGACUUUGAAGCCCUUACACCAGGCCAUUUCCUGAUAGGCGCUCCCUUACGCAGUUUGCCAGAACGUGAUGUCCCUCCAAUUGAAAUCAAUAAACUUGAGUAUUGGGCCCGAAUAAGCGCCAUAAAACAACAUUUUUGGAAGAAGUGGUCCCACGACUACAUAAACGAGCUCCAGACCCGCAAUAAAUGGACUAGCACCAACUCAAAUAUUUGUACUGACUCCCUAGUAAUCAUUAAAGAAGAUAAUUUACCACCGCAGCGUUGGCUCAUGGGUAAAAUCAUCAAUAUUGUUCGUGGUAGAGAUGAUCGAGUUCGAGUUGUCGACAUCAAAACAACAAAGGGAAUUAUACGUCGCCCUAUCCACAGACUGGCUUUACUAUUUUCUUGAAAGUGUCCUUUCAAUGGGGCCGGAAUGUUAGGUCACCGUAUCAUAUUUACUAAUAAUCUUUAUUGUUAUUAUUUAUAGUUAUUAUUCAUUUGAUUCAUUUGUUUUAUUUUCCAUUUUUUAUUGUAUUAAAUUUGUUCAUAUUUUUGGCUCACUGUUGUCACUGUAAUU